AUGCCGCGCACUGCAGGCACCGCCGCCACCAAGAAGAAGGUCGCCAAGAAGGAGCCGACGCCCGAGCCCGAGGAGUACGUCAUGAGCAAGAUCCUCGCUCACAAGCGCAAGGGCGCCAACCUCAAGUACCAGGUCGAGUGGCUCGGCUACGAGGACGACGAGCCCACGUGGGAGCCGGAGCACAACGUCGGCGAGGGCCCAGUCGUCGAGAAGUACUGGAAGACGUGCAAGACCCCGCUGGACCGGUACGCGCCGGGCAGCAAGGCGUACCGCGCAGCAAAGGCGGCCCAGGCGAGCGCGUCGCCGCCCAAGCCCAAGACCAAGAAGCGUGCCUCGGCCGGCUCGGACGACGACGACGUGGCCGCCGCCGACGAGGCCGAGAAGCCCAAGAAGCGAGGGCGUCGGAGCACCGACGGCGGCGCGGCGGCGGACGCGGCGGGCAAGAAGAAGAAGGUGGUGGACGAGAGCCCGGUCGUCGAGGACGAGGAGGAGGAGCAGGACGGCCUGCUGUCCGACGGCGAGGUCGACUUGCCCGAGGACGAGCGUCUGGUGUGCUUCGACUGGGAGGAGAAGUACGGCGCCCUGGACAGCUGGGAGACCGAGGUCAAGGAGAUCGAGACGAUGGAGCAGGACGAGCGCGACCACUCGCUGCGCGUGUGCGUCGUCUGGCAGGCCGACGACAGCGUGUCGUGGCUCGACUCGGCCGUCGUGCGCCAAAAGGCGCCGCAGAAGCUCCUCGACUUCUUCGUCGGGCACCUCAAGUGGAAGAAGCCGGCGGGCGACGACGACGACGCAUCGGUCGAGGGCGACGACGAGUGA